UUAACAUGCCAUACGUUCCAUUAGAAACUUCAUUGAGGGAGGAGUUAGAUAGCUUGCCUGCCUUGUCCUCUUCGUGUUGUAUCUACAGAGUUCCUGAUGACAUACAACGUCUGGAGGAAAAGGCCUACACACCUCAAGUCAUCUCUAUAGGUCCAUUUUAUCAUGGCAAGGAAGGUUUAGAAGCCAUGGAAGAGCAGAAAAAGAGGUACCUACGAGAUUUUAUACGUCGGACUGAGGUAAGCUUGAAGGACUAUAUCAAGAAAAUUAGGGACCAAGAAGCAAGACUGAGAAGUUGUUAUGCAGAACCCAUCAAGUUUAGCAGUGAUGAAUUUGUAAAAAUCAUUCUAGUGGAUGCUGCCUUCACUAUUGAGUUCUUAUUGAGUUUCAAUCUGAAAGAAUCUGGACAUGAUGGAGACCGCUUAUUAAACAAACCGUGGAUGUUCAGGUAUGUACAGCCUGACAUGUGGAUGCUUGAAAAUCAGCUCCCAUUCUUCAUUCUUGAGGAUCUUUAUCACACAUACAUAAUAACCGACUCUUUUAGGAAUUAUUACAGUACUCAUGAUCAUGAGAGGCUUUCAAUAAUUAAUAUUUCUAAGAAUUUCUUCACAGCUGGAAUAUUGAAUUUGGAGGGGAAGGGAGACAAAUGGAACAGAAUAUCAUCUUCUUCUAGUUCUAUUAAUGUGCAACACUUUGUUGAUCUUAUAAGAAUUUUCUAUCUACCAUUGGAAUCAGAAUUAAGAGAUGCAGGGGAGCUCAAAACCUUAAACAUACCUAGCAUCACAGAGAUGCACCAGGCUGGAGUCAAAAUUAAGGUAGGAUCAAGCAAAAACUUAGUCGACAUACAAUUUGCGAAUGGAACUCUCAUAAUUCCUAAAAUAAUGAUAACUGGUGACAAACUGCGGACCCUGGGAAAUGUCAUUGCCUUUGAACAAUGCCAUUGCAUAGAAGAUAACUACAUAAACGAUUAUGUUAGCAUCAUGGGUCGUUUUGCGAACACCCCGAAGGAUGUGGAGUUGCUUAUUGAGUUCGGAAUUUUUGAAACUGCGGGUACCACCAGCGUUGUGUCAUCUAUGAUUACCAAACUUGCCUCUGAGGCUCUUUUCUUUGUCGAUGGAGUCAAACAAUAUGGGUAG